UAUUCCUCAGAGAGAAAAACAUACUUACACGCAGAGAGAGAGAGAGAGAGAGAGAGACAGAGAGAGAGAAGCGUUUCCUUUGAUUUGCUGCCAAAAGAAAUGCAGUUUAGCAGGAAGAAUUUCAUUUUAAUUCUUUUGGGAUUCUUAUUGGUUGAUUGUUUUGUCCAUUGUCAAGCUAGGACUCACCACCAUCGAUUCAUUGUUAAAGAAACCUCAUACACAAGACUGUGUAGCAGCAAGAAGAUUUUGACAGUCAAUGGAAAAUUCCCAGGGCCAACACUCUAUGCUCACAAAGGAGAUAAACUGAUAGUGGAAGUCCGGAAUAGGGGGAAAUACAACAUCACCAUUCAUUGGCAUGGAGUGAAACAGCCAAGAUAUCCAUGGUCGGACGGACCAGUGUACGUCACGCAAUGCCCAAUUAAACCAGGUGGAAAGUUCAAGCAAAAGAUCUUUCUUUCCACAGAGGAAGGCACUCUAUGGUGGCAUGCUCACAGCGACUGGUCGCGGGCCACUGUUCAUGGUGCCAUCAUCAUUUUCCCUAAGCAUGGAACUGGGUAUCCUUUCCCAAAGCCCGACGAAGAAGUUCCCAUUAUAUUGGGGGAAUGGUGGAAGAGGGAUGUGAUGAGCGUGUUAGAGGAAUUUGUUCGAACAGGAGGAGCACCAAAUGACUCUGAUGCUUUCACCAUCAAUGGCCAGCCGGGCGAUCUCUAUCCCUGCUCUAAGCCUGGAACAUUCAAGCUAAAUGUGGAGCAUGGGAAGACUUACCUACUCCGCAUAGUCAAUGCCGCCAUGAACACCAUCCUCUUCUUCUCCAUUGCCAAACACAGACUCACCGUCGUCGGAGCCGACGGCAGCUACACCAAGCCACUCCCCUCCAAGUUCAUCACCAUCUCUCCCGGCCAGACAAUGGACGCCUUGCUCCACGCCAACCGCAGCCGGAGUCGCUACUACAUGGCAGCCAGAGCCUACUCCAGCGGCCUCAACGUCUCCUUCGACAACACCACCACUACCGCCAUCCUCCAGUACUCCGGAAACCGCCGGAACGCCUCUCCACCUCACUUUCCCUAUCUUCCCUACUACAACGACACGCUCGCUGCCUUCAGCUUCAUCCGCGGCCUCCGACACCUGGCCAGCAAAAGCCAUCCGAUCACCAUUCCAUUGAAUGUCACCGACAAAUUUAUAGUCUCGACCGUCUCGGUGAACACAUUUCCUUGCCCUGAAAAUUUUUCUUGCGAGGGGCCGAACGGGACGCGAUUGGCCGCGAGCAUGAACAACAUAAGCUUCGUGAACCCGUCGAUCGACAUACUGCAGGCCUACUACAAGCACAUCAAAGGCGUGUUUGGAAAGCGGUUCCCGAGUAAGCCGCCACUGGUGUUCAAUUUCACGGCGGAGUACCUGCCGCUGGAGCUGGAGAUUCCGAGGAGGGGGACAGAGGUGAAGGUAUUGAAGUAUAAUUCGACGGUGGAGAUGGUUCUGCAGGGGACGAAUCUGGUGGCGGGGAUAGAUCAUCCGAUGCAUCUUCAUGGAUACAGCUUUCUGGUGGUGGGAUGGGGAUUUAGGAACUAUGAUCCGAAGAAGGAUCCAUUGAAGUACAAUCUGGUUGAUCCUCCUCUUCUCAACACUGUUGUUGUGCCCAAGAAUGGCUGGGUCGCCAUCAGAUUCAAGGCCAAGAACCCAGGAGUUUGGUUAAUGCACUGCCACUUAGAGCGGCACCUGACAUGGGGGAUGGAAGUAGUGUUCAUAGUGAAAAAUGGAGAGGGAGAAGCUGCCAUGAUGCUGCCUCCGCCGCCCGAUAUGCCGCCGUGUUGAAGCUGCUGCUGCUGCUGCUGCACUGCCAACUGCCAAGAAAUUAAAUCCUCCAUCCCAAACUAGCUAGCGCAUUUUCUCUUCUACGAGUACUAGCCAUGGAGCUGUGUUGCCCCAGUGACGUACUCAAUGGAUAUAUGGAUAAAUCUCUCUCUCUCUCUCUCUCUCUCUCUGAAUCUAUAUAUAUAUAUAUAUUAUAGUGAUUGAUUUGUAUAUA